AUGCCGGAGCGAGAGCCAGUUCCCAAUGUGGCUCGUGGUGGGGGAACCGCCAAUUUUGGCUGUAAAAAAUUGCAAGGACGGUAUGUGACUAUCACCAUCCCAGGCAUUCGUAUCCUCUCACUGUGUGAAGUUCAAGUGUUUGGUGAAAAGCUACCUUCCUCGGACUCCAAUGUGGCCCUCGCUGGAGAGGCUUCACAAUCCAGCAACAUCCACUCGCUAGGAGCAGCUGGAAAUGCCAUUGACGGUUCCACAUCCAGUGAUUUUAUACGGGGAUCCUGCACCCACACACAUUCUGAAAGGAAUCCAUGGUGGAUGGUAGACUUGAACGCACAGUAUCAAGUAUUCCGUGUCAGCAUCACCAACCGGAAAGACUGCUGUGCUCACCGUCUUAAUGGGGCUGAAAUCCGAGUUGGGGACUCCGCAGAGAGAGGAGGCACCACAAAUCCUAGAUGUGCUACAAUAAGUUCUUUGGGUGCUGGGGAAACAGGCACUUUUAACUGUGAAGCAUCGAAAGGGCAGUAUGUGACUGUUACCCUACCUAGGAAAGAAUACCUCACGCUUUGCGAAGUCCAGGUGUUUGGACAGAAGAUAAAGUCCCCUGACUCCAAUGUGGCCCUCGCCGGAGAGGCUUCACAAUCCAGCAACAUCCACCUGCUAGGAGCCGCCAGAAAUGCCAUUGAUGGUUCCACAUCCAGUGAUUUUAUACAAGGAUCCUGCACCCACACAGAUUCUGAAAGGAAUCCAUGGUGGAUGGUAGACUUGAAGGCACAGUAUCAAGUACUCCGUGUCAGCAUCACCAAUCGGAAAGACUGUUGUGCCCAGCGUCUUAAUGGGGCUGAAAUCCGAGUUGGGGACUCCGCAGAGAGAGGAGGCACCACAAAUCCUAGAUGUGCUACAAUAAGUUCUUUGGGUGCUGGGGAAACAGACACUUUUAACUGUGAAUCAUCAACGGGCCAAUUUGUGACAGUUACCCUACCUAGGAAAGAUUACCUCACGCUUUGUGAAGUCCAGGUGUUUGGUCAGAAGAUAGAGUCCACCGCAACAAAAUGGAAACUUUCCCCUUUCUUUCUUUCAGACUCCAAUGUGGCCCUCGCCGGAGAGGCUUCACAAUCCAGCAACAUCCACUCGCUAGGAGCAGCUGGAAAUGCCAUUGACGGUUCCACAUCCAGUGAUUUUAUACGGGGAUCCUGCACCCGCACAGAUUCUGAAAGGAAUCCAUGGUGGAUGGUAGACUUGAAUGCACAGUAUCAAGUAUUCCGUGUCAGCAUCACCAACCGGAAAGACUGCUGUGCUCACCGUCUUAAUGGGGCUGAAAUCCGAGUUGGGGACUCCGCAGAGAGAGGAGGCACCACAAAUCCUAGAUGUGCUACAAUAAGUUCUUUGGGUGCUGGGGAAACAGGCACUUUUAACUGUGAAGCAUCAAAAGGGCAGUAUGUGACUGUUACCCUACCUAGGAAAGAAUACCUCACGCUUUGCGAAGUCCAGGUGUUUGGACGGAAGAUAGAGUCCCCUGGUACGUAG